AGGAUGAUCUCUCUGACAGCUGUAUGGAGGACGAACUGAGAACAGGAAAACUAGAGGAGAGGAAAUUGGAAAUUUUUCAGAUUUGUAAAGAACUCUUCCUCUGAAUUCAUGGUGUUUCAUAUAUACAGCUGAGAUAUCAAUACAGGGGUACAAGAGGAUUUUAAAAAGCCUCUGGAGAAGGCUGCAAGAGAAAUGGUAUCAUUAGGGAACAGUCAAGUUUCUGUGAAGACAAGCAGGUGAAGAGAAGCUUCAGAGAAGAGAUUGAAGUUGUAGGUUGUUGUUACUGGACCCAAAAGAUGACAUCUAUUAUCAAAUUAACUACCCUCUCUGGGGUCCAAGAAGAGUCUGCUCUUUGCUAUCUUCUCCAAGUCGAUGAGUUCAGAUUUUUAUUGGACUGUGGCUGGGAUGAGCACUUUUCUAUGGAUAUUAUAGAUUCCCUGAGGAAGCAUGUUCACCAGAUCGAUGCAGUGUUGUUGUCCCACCCCGAUCCUCUCCAUCUUGGUGCCCUUCCGUAUGCUGUCGGAAAGUUGGGUCUGAACUGUGCUAUCUAUGCAACCAUUCCUGUUUAUAAAAUGGGACAGAUGUUCAUGUAUGAUCUUUAUCAGUCUCGACACAAUACAGAAGAUUUUACACUCUUUACCUUGGAUGAUGUGGAUGCAGCCUUUGAUAAAAUACAGCAGCUAAAAUUCUCUCAGAUUGUGAAUUUGAAAGGUAAAGGACAUGGCUUGUCUAUCACACCUCUGCCAGCUGGUCAUAUGAUAGGUGGAACAAUAUGGAAAAUAGUCAAAGAUGGAGAAGAAGAAAUUGUUUAUGCAGUUGACUUCAACCACAAGAGGGAGAUCCACUUAAAUGGAUGUUCGCUGGAAAUGUUAAGCAGACCCUCCCUGCUUAUCACAGAUUCAUUUAAUGCUACAUAUGUUCAGCCUAGAAGAAAACAGAGAGAUGAGCAACUUCUGACAAAUGUCCUGGAAACACUUCGAGGUGAUGGAAAUGUAUUAAUAGCAGUGGACACUGCAGGCAGAGUUUUGGAACUUGCUCAACUUCUUGAUCAGAUUUGGAGAACUAAAGAUGCAGGAUUGGGUGUUUACUCAUUGGCACUCCUAAAUAAUGUCAGUUAUAAUGUGGUGGAGUUUUCUAAGUCUCAGGUAGAGUGGAUGAGUGAUAAAUUGAUGAGAUGUUUUGAAGACAAAAGAAAUAAUCCAUUUCAGUUUCGCCAUCUCUCUUUAUGCCAUGGUCUUUCUGACUUGGCUCGAGUACCUAGCCCCAAAGUUGUACUUGCCAGCCAACCUGACCUGGAAUGUGGAUUUUCAAGGGAUCUCUUUAUUCAGUGGUGUCAGGAUCCUAAAAACUCAGUCAUUCUAACUUACAGAACUACUCCUGGGACUUUAGCACGUUUCCUAAUUGAUAAUCCUUCUGAAAAAAUUACAGAAAUAGAGUUGAGGAAACGUGUGAAGCUUGAAGGGAAAGAACUUGAGGAAUACUUGGAAAAAGAGAAACUAAAGAAAGAAGCUGCUAAAAAACUUGAACAAUCAAAAGAGGCAGAUAUAGAUUCCAGUGAUGAGAGCGAUGUUGAAGAAGACAUUGACCAGCCAUCAGCUCAUAAGACGAAGCAUGACCUGAUGAUGAAAGGGGAAGGUAGUCGUAAAGGAAGUUUCUUCAAACAGGCAAAAAAGUCUUAUCCUAUGUUUCCUGCCCCAGAAGAAAGAAUUAAAUGGGAUGAAUAUGGAGAGAUUAUCAAACCAGAGGAUUUCUUAGUGCCAGAACUUCAAGCUACUGAAGAAGAAAAAAGCAAAUUAGAAUCUGGUUUGACAAAUGGAGAUGAACCCAUGGAUCAGGAUUUAUCUGAUGUUCCUACAAAGUGUAUUUCUACAACAGAAUCUAUUGAAAUAAAAGCCAGGGUUACUUACAUAGACUAUGAAGGACGCUCUGAUGGGGAUUCCAUUAAAAAAAUCAUUAAUCAAAUGAAACCACGACAGCUGAUCAUUGUCCAUGGCCCACCAGAGGCCAGUCAAGAUCUGGCAGAGUGCUGCCGCGCGUUUGGUGGGAAAGAUAUUAAAGUGUACAUGCCAAAGCUCCAUGAGACAGUUGAUGCCACUAGUGAAACGCACAUCUACCAGGUGAGAUUAAAAGACUCGCUUGUCAGCUCCCUUCAGUUUUGUAAAGCAAAAGAUGCUGAAUUAGCUUGGAUAGAUGGUGUCUUAGACAUGAGAGUUUCCAAAGUAGACACAGGAGUUAUUUUAGAAGAAGGAGAACUGAAGGAUGAUGGAGAAGACUCAGAAAUACAAGUGGACGCUCCUUCAGAUUCUAGCGUUAUAGCGCAGCAAAAGGCCAUGAAAAGUCUGUUUGGAGAUGAUGAGAAGGAAACGGGCGAAGAGAGUGAGAUCAUUCCUACACUGGAACCCUUGCCACCUCAUGAGGUUCCUGGACAUCAGUCAGUUUUUAUGAAUGAACCAAGACUAUCAGACUUCAAGCAAGUUCUUUUACGGGAGGGGAUUCAAGCUGAAUUUGUAGGAGGUGUACUUGUUUGCAACAAUCAAGUAGCAGUCCGUAGAACGGAAACUGGACGCAUCGGAUUAGAAGGCUGCCUUUGUCAAGAUUUUUAUAGAAUAAGAGACCUUUUAUAUGAACAGUAUGCCAUUGUGUAAAGGACAUGGUGUCAAAAAAUAUCUGCUUGACCUUUCUAAGAAAGAAGGAUCUUAUAUUCUAAGCUUUUGCUCUUUUGUUUUAUAACAUACAAAAGGAAUUGCCAGAAAAACUUACAUGUAUUAGAUUUUUAAAAAUGUAAAUAGAGACCAUUUUGUUAAUGUUCAAAUGAGCAUUCUGCCUUUCAGCUUUCAGAUUGAUAGAGGUCCUACCAAGUGUACAGGCCUGAGAAUUGAGGGUGAUUGGUUUCCUUUACAGACUCAUUAUUCUCGAAGGGCUUUAUACUUAAGAAAACAAUGCAACUUAGCAAACCAGUUCAUGGCCUUAGAGAAACAUGUUUGCAUGAGUUCUUGCAGACUGUUUCUUAUAUUUUCUAGAAUGAAAAGUGGGAAUAAUUUCGAAAAGAUGUGCUACAAAAAAAAAAAAAUGAUAGAACAGUUUUUUGAAACUUAUGUAUUUAAACAACAAAAAUAAAGGUACAUGCUAUGCCUCUUCUUUUGAA